AUGGAGCACAAUAUGCACGUUAAUGCGCCACCUUUGCAUCAUUGGGGCUAUGGUGCCGCUGCCGCCGUUAUGCCUGCCACUCCGCAGAGUCAUUGGGUGCCGCCGCCCCAGAGUCACAGUCAUCACAGCCAUCAGAGCCAUCAUUCGCACAAUAGUCUGAAACGUACGCUCUCCGAGAGCGAUUGCGAUGAGCUCUACUCCGAGGAAUCGUCCAAAGAACAAAUCUCGCCCAGCGGCACGGGCAGUUGUCAGCUGAUGAGCCGCAAGAAGCGUCGCGGGGUCAUCGAGAAGAAGCGUCGCGAUCGAAUCAAUUCCUCGUUGACGGAACUAAAGCGUCUGGUGCCCUCGGCCUAUGAAAAGCAGGGAUCGGCCAAGUUGGAGAAGGCUGAGAUUCUUCAACUGACCGUAGAGCAUUUGAAGAGUCUGCAAACAAAAACCAUGGACUCGCUCAGCUACGAUCCUCAACGUGUGGCAAUGGACUAUCACAUCAUUGGAUUCCGUGAGUGCGCCGCUGAGGUAGCUCGCUAUCUGGUCACGAUCGAGGGCAUGGAUAUACAAGAUCCGUUGCGAUUGCGUCUCAUGUCCCAUCUGCAGUAUUUUGCACAGCAGCGAGAGAUCUCCGCCAGCGGCGGCUAUCAGCCCAGUUGUGCGGCAACGCCCUAUCAGAGCUAUGCCACGCCCAGCAGCGCCAGCUCCUAUGUGUCCAGCUCGGGUGCAUAUAUGACGCCGACGCCGCAUCAUGUGACCCGCUCCAGCGUCUCCACAGCAAGUGGAGCUGCCGGCAGUGAUGCCAACAUUGGACCACUCGAGCCACGUGCGGAGGCAACCACUCAGCAGCAGCAGCAGCAGCAACAACAACAACAGCAACAGCAGCAGCAGCAGCAACAUCAGCAACCCCAGCAACAACAACAGCAACCACAACAACAACAACAGCAACAGGCAAAUCAACACUAUACCCAGGAGCACCCUGGACACGCGGAGCAGCCGCAAUCGCAACAGGUGCCCACCUAUAUUGAUCUGACGAAUAGUCAUCGCGUCAAUGAGGCUAUUCCCUCCAUUCCCGUCGAGAGUUUGAGCUACAGUGCGGCUCCUCAGUAUCCAGUGAGUGUUGGUCAGGACUACAACAAUGCCAGCGCCCUGCAAUAUGCCACACCGAACGGCGCCAAGCCCUAUCGACCCUGGGGUGCCGAAAUGGCAUACUAAUGUCGUGGAGUAGGGGUAUUCCCCGCCAAUCUACAAAUGCAACCCAUUCUAGUCAGUUCAAACCCGAAACAUGUGUGAUAGUCUUAAGUAGUGCAUCUCGAUGAGAUCCCAAAAUAAAAACCUUCAAUUUGUA